GAAUAGGAGGUGGAUGAGUGCGCUGUUUUCAGUAGCUUUCAGUUUGUGAGCAGCCAGAACCCGUUGUGAACAUGAGCUACGACCGGGCCAUUACUGUCUUCUCCCCGGACGGGCACCUCUUCCAGGUGGAAUAUGCCCAGGAGGCCGUGAAGAAAGGAUCAACCGCGGUUGGAGUACGAGGGAAGGAAAUCGUGGUCCUCGGUGUUGAGAAGAAAUCUGUAGCUAAGCUUCAGGAUGAGAGGACGGUGCGGAAGAUCUGUGCGCUGGAUGAGAACGUCUUCAUGGCUUUUGCUGGGCUCACGGCAGACGCUCGCAUUGUAAUUAAUCGUGCCCGCGUGGAGUGUCAAAGCCACAGACUGACAGUAGAGGACCCGGUGACAGUCGAGUACAUCACACGGUACAUUGCCAGCCUAAAGCAGCGUUACACUCAGAGCAAUGGCCGCCGGCCCUUUGGAAUUUCUGCUCUGAUUGUGGGAUUUGACUUUGAUGGAACUCCUCGUCUCUACCAGACAGACCCUUCAGGCACUUACCAUGCUUGGAAAGCCAAUGCUAUCGGCAGAGGAGCCAAGUCUGUCCGUGAGUUCCUGGAGAAACAUUACACAGAUGAAGCCAUUGAGACAGAUGACCUGACCAUAAAGCUGGUUAUAAAGGCUCUGCUGGAAGUUGUUCAGUCUGGAGGUAAAAAUAUUGAAUUGGCCGUCAUGAGGAGAGACCAACCUCUAAAGAUCUUGAGCCCUGAGGAGAUCGAGAGAUACGUUGCAGAGAUCGAAAAGGAGAAGGAAGAGAAUGAGAAGAAGAAACAGAAGAAGACAUAAUUUAUUCUUCUAGACAAUACUGUGUAAAUCCACCUGACAAUAAAUGUUUUUUCUUUAUUAUA